CAGGGCAGCCGGAAAAGCCGCGAGGCUCUCAAGCCCCUCAGAGCACGUCCCUUGCCUCUUCUGGAAAGUCAGCCCGUCUCCCUUCGGGCACGGGCGCCCCGGAACCCCGGGGGCUGCUGAGCUGGGGGGGCGUUCGAGCUGCGAGGAUCCGGGCUGCCCGCCGGACGAAGAGCGGGCGCCCAGGAUGGGGUGCAUGAAGUCCAAAUUCCUCCAGGACAGAGGCAAGGUCUCAAAAACCGAGCCCAGCACCAACCCACACAGCCCUGUGUAUGUGCCAGAUCCCACGUCUACAAGCAAGCGGCGUCCUGACAAGAGCAACAACAUCCCACCAGGGUCUGUGGAUGUAGGUCCCAAUGACAUCAUUGUGAUCGCGCUAUAUGAUUACGAGGCCAUUCACCAUGAAGACCUCAGUUUCCAGAAGGGAGAUCAGAUGGUGGUCCUGGAAGAGUCUGGGGAGUGGUGGAAGGCUCGAUCCCUGGUCACCCGGAAGGAAGGCUACAUCCCAAGCAACUAUGUUGCCCGCAUUGACUCUCUGGAGACAGAGGAGUGGUUCUUCAAGGACAUCAGCCGGAAGGAUGCAGAGCGCCAGCUCCUGGCCCCCGGCAAUGUACUGGGCUCCUUCAUGAUCCGGGACAGCGAGACCACCAAAGGAAGCUAUUCUCUGUCUGUGCGAGACUACGACCCCCAGCACAGGGACACAGUGAAGCAUUACAAGAUCCGGACCCUGGACAGUGGGGGCUUCUACAUCUCCCCACGGAGCACCUUCAAUACCCUGCAGGAGCUGGUGGCCCACUACAAGAAGGGGAGUGACGGACUCUGCCAGAAGCUGACAGUGCCCUGCGUGUCCUCCAAGCCCCAGAAGCCAUGGGAGAAAGAUGCCUGGGAGAUCCCCCGGGAAUCCCUCAAGCUGGAGAAGAAACUUGGAGCCGGGCAGUUUGGGGAAGUCUGGAUGGCCACCUACAACAAGCACACCAAGGUGGCCGUGAAGACGAUGAAGCCAGGGAGCAUGUCGGUGGAGUCCUUCCUGGCAGAGGCCAACCUCAUGAAGACCCUGCAGCACGACAAGCUAGUGAGGCUGCACGCGGUGGUCACAGAGGAGCCCAUCUACAUCAUCACGGAGUUCAUGGCCAAAGGAAGCCUGCUGGACUUCCUGAAAAGUACAGAGGGCAGCAAGCAGCCAUUGCCCAAGCUCAUUGACUUCUCAGCCCAGAUUGCAGAAGGCAUGGCCUUCAUCGAGCAGAGGAAUUACAUUCACCGAGAUCUCCGAGCUGCCAAUAUCCUGGUCUCUGCAUCCUUGGUGUGUAAGAUCGCCGACUUUGGCCUGGCACGUGUCAUCGAGGACAAUGAGUACACAGCUCGGGAAGGGGCCAAGUUCCCCAUCAAGUGGACAGCUCCUGAAGCCAUCAACUUUGGCUCUUUCACCAUCAAGUCAGACGUCUGGUCCUUUGGUAUUCUGCUGAUGGAGAUCGUCACCUAUGGCCGGAUCCCUUACCCAGGGAUGACAAACCCAGAGGUGAUCCGGGCGCUGGAGCGCGGGUACCGCAUGCCUCGACCAGAGCACUGCCCUGAGGAGCUCUACAGCAUCAUGACACGCUGCUGGAAGAACCGCCCUGAGGAGCGGCCCACCUUCGAAUAUAUCCAGAGCGUGCUGGACGACUUCUACACGGCCACCGAGAGCCAGUACCAACAGCAGCCGUGAUGCGGCGAAUCCGGGCGGAGCCAGGUACCCAGCUGAUGCCUAAGGGGCGGCUCUAGCGCAGCCUGCCUGGUCCUGCUCACCGUUCCCCACAGACACCGGCCCGCCCCAUCUCAGUCCAGCCACAGUUCUGCAUCUGUCAAGUGGUUUGAACUGGACAGUCUCUUUUUGACUCCAGCAGUCUACAAAUCGGCCGUCCUCAGGAGACCCCAAGUUGAUAUGUCUAUUGCCUGGGACAGCUGGAUUCCAGUUACCUCUGUGGUUGCGAUGGGAAACUUUAAAAAUGAUGGAAUAAAUAUUUAAAUAAAAGACA